CCUCUGAGUCACUGCCCCAGCUGAAACACUGCCAUUGCAGCACAGCCAGUCCUCCUGGGACGAGCACGACUGCUUGUGUGCCUCUUGCUGGUAAACAACGCGCAGUAGCUGCGCCCUGUGCUGGAGAGGCCAUCGAGGGUCCCUGCUGCCUGUCCCGAUCCUUCAGCGAACCCGAGACAAAAAGGACAAAAAGGAGCAGUACUUCCUCCCAUGCAGAGCAACGAGCUGUGAUUCAAGGCUUGUGUAUUCGCAGCACGAGGAUUUAUCUGGGUAAAGGGUGCCUUGUAUCUAAGCAAGAGCCCUGGGCCUGAGCCAGAUAUUUGGUUGUGGGAGGAGAGCGCUCCAGCUGUGUCAGGGGAAGGGCUUGUCCCUGCUCGUGCUUGCACUGGGAGACCAGCUGGGAGAGAAGCUGCUCUGAAGCGCCCAGCAGGCAUGGAGAGGAUGCAGCAGGUCGUGGGGCGGGCCAGGACGGCCUUCAGCUCGGGACGGUGCCGCUCGCUGGAGUUCAGGAUGCAGCAGCUGAAGAACCUGGAGCGGAUGGUGCGGGAGAAGGAGAAGGAGAUCGCGGCGGCCCUGCAGUCGGAUCUGCACAAGUCUGGGCACAACGCGUACAGCCACGAGAUCCUGGGCGUGUUGUGGGAGCUGGCCCUGGUCAUGGAGAAGCUGCCGUCCUGGGCGGCCCCUCAGCCGGUGAAGAAGAACCUGCUGACAAUGCGGGACGAGGCGUACAUCUACCCCGAGCCGCUGGGGGUGGUGCUGGUGAUCGGGGCCUGGAACUACCCCUUCACCCUGAUUGUGCAGCCGCUGAUCGGGGCCAUCGCAGCAGGCAAUGCAGUGGUGGUGAAGCCGUCAGAGGUCAGUGAGCACACCUCCCAGCUGAUCGCUGAUAUCUUCCCCCAGUACCUGGACCAGGAGCUGUACCCGGUGGUCACAGGAGGAGUGCCUGAGACAACGGAGCUGCUGACGCAGAGAUUCGACCACAUCCUCUACACUGGGAACAGCGCCGUGGGCAAAAUCGUGAUGGCAGCGGCUGCCAAGCACCUGACGCCCGUCACCCUGGAGCUGGGUGGGAAGAGCCCCUGCUACAUCGACAAGAACUGUGACCUGGCCGUCGCCUGCAGGCGGAUAACGUGGGGGAAGUACAUGAACUGUGGGCAAACCUGCAUUGCCCCGGACUAUGUCCUGUGCGAGCCGUCCAUCCAGAGCCAGGUGGUGGAGUACAUUAAGGCAACUCUGCAGGAGUUCUACGGGGAAGAUGUGAAGAAGUCUCCGGAUUACGAGAGGAUCGUCAACAAGCGUCACUUCAAAAGGAUCGUGAGCCUGCUGGAAGGCCAGAAGAUCGCCCACGGUGGAGAGACGGAUGAGGCCUCCUGCUUUAUAGCACCCACCAUCCUGACGGACGUUUCUCCGGAGUCCAAGGUGAUGGAGGAGGAGAUCUUUGGCCCGGUGCUUCCGAUUUUGUCAGUGAAGGGUGUGGACGAAGCCAUUGAGUUCAUCAACAGUCGGGAGAAGCCCCUUGCCCUCUAUGUCUUCUCCAAUGACAAGAAGCUGAUCAAAAGAGUGAUAUCGGAGACCUCUAGCGGCGGUAUGACUGCCAACGACGUCCUCAUGCACUCCACGGUCCUGGAUCUGCCCUUCGGCGGCGUGGGGAACAGCGGGAUGGGGGCCUACCACGGCAAGCACAGCUUUGAGACCUUCUCCCACCACCGUGCCUGCUUGAUCAAGGACCUGAAGAUGGAGGGUAUGAACAAACUCCGGUAUCCGCCUAACAGCCAGAAGAAGCUGGAUUGGGUCAAGUUCUUCGUUUUGAAGCGGUUUAACAAGGUCCACUUGGGACUGAUCUUCUUGGCCCUGCUGGGGGUUGUGGCAGCGGUGGUGAUAAAGGUGAUGUUCCUGUGACGAGGGGUGCUCUGUACUCAGCUGCACAUCGGGCCCGUAACUCAGCGUUCUCGUCCUGCAUUCCUAUUCUUGCUGCAACUUCUCUUCCAAGGCAUCUGACCCACUGAUGAGGCAGAAGCAAAUGAACCCCAGUUAAUGAAGAGGUAAUCGGUCUGCUGGACUGAUGCAGACUGAAGCCAUCGGUCCUGCCUCAGCAGUGCAGGUGGGAAGGAGGUAGUGUCUCUGUCCUGCUCUCCAAAUAGGAGCCCAUGGAAAAGCUCUUGGGCAUGGGGGGAUCAUGCCACAAGCACAUCAAAGGAAAGCCACAUGUUACUGAGCCCAUCAUCUAUGUAAUGUGUCUCCUGUGAUCCCUAUAUAAAGCUGUCUCAUAGCAGCGGGAAGCCUGACAAAAUGAGUGUGACAGAUGGGGACCGCAGGAGCGCCAGGGACAUGGCACUGUUGGUGCACAGCAUCUGGUGCUGGGCACCAGCAAGGGGGAGCUGCUGUGACCCAGCUCUAAGGAAGAGCCUGAGCAGCUGGUGAUCUUGCGCAUAAUUUCAUUUCUGAUUUUUGGUGUACUGGUAGUCUUUUACCUCUGAGACUGUAACUGGAAGCCUGACCCUUGCUGAAUAAAACCUUUCUUUUACCAC